AUGUCUCAGCCCCCUAAUAAGACGCUACAUCUGAACAAUUCGAUACCGAGCUCAUUGCCACCGUCGCUGUCGCCGACGCAGCAGGUACCAGGACACCAACGCUCACAUCCACUGCAACAAGCUGCAACAGAAUCUCAGCAAGAUGGUGCUUCUCAUCCACCAGACCAACAAAUUGACUAUUUCCACCCACAAGCCGCCAAUAGUACUCUAGUGCCAUCGACCCCAAUCCAUCAUCAACCAGAUCCACACAGGCAAAAGCUGUCACUGAUAACACCCACAACUGGCAAGCAACGACUACCAAGAAAAUAUUUUUGCAAGACUUGCAAUCAAGGGUUCACAAGAAAGCACAACAUGGUCAGUCACGAGCUCAUACACUCUUCAUCCAAACCUCACAUUUGCAACAUCUGCCAGUUGAGAUUCAGAAGGAUACAUGAUUUGAAACGUCAUGAAAAACUUCACACGGGAGAAAAACCAUACCACUGUGAAAAAUGUUUUAGAAGGCUUGCACGGCCUGAUGCAUUAACAAGACAUCAGAAUUCGACUAAUGCUUGUACCGGGAAAUCGAUUAGUAACGAUAAUAGUGGAUACAGUACCAGUUCCAGCUCCAACUCGAACUCCAACUCCAACUCCGCCAUGUCGACGACGACGACGACGACCACGACCACUACCACUACCGCCACAAACAGCAACAACAAUUCUUUUAAUAGCAUACACGGUGGGGCCCUCAAUAUUGUACCGCAGUCGACCAAUUCUUUUAGUCAGGAAAUUCCUCACUCAACGGGUCCUUUGAAGCAUUUGAAUUCAACCGAGAGCAUCCAUAGUGGAGAUGAAUCUACUCAUAGACCUGCUCUAGCCGUUAAUCAACUGGAUGGGCGAGACUCGUCGGCAACAUCCAAUUCCACAAGCGCAUCUUCCAACUUCAGCAGCUCACAUGGUAAUGAGCCCGCCACCAGUGGUGACUCCACAACCACACACGAUACAAAUUGCAUCCCCACUUUAAAAACCAUUGGGCUUUCUUCGGAAGAUUUAGCUAACAAACAGAGCAGAAGGAGCCACAGCAAUCAAGAGUUUGGAUCUAAGCGACAACAGCUACUUGAAAAGCAACAGCGCAGCCAAAGCUAUGAGAACAAACCAUAUUCGUCACACUACAAGCAGCCUUCUUUUACUUCGAUGAAAACUCCAAGUGGGUCACCAUUCACUCUGAAUCCGAUGCAGCCAAUCUCCUUUCAUCCUUUCCCACCAUUUGGCAACAACAAUAAUAAUAGUAAUAUGGGCAGCACCAGUCAUAUAUCGUUACCCCCACUUUCUGCACAUCACCAACCUCAACCACAGAAGUCCUUUGUCUCACAGACAGCCCCGCACCAUCAGGUUCACGGACCGCUUCCAGGAAUCAAUAGCGGCAUUGUUGCAUACGGAGAAGACACACCACCACAAGAUCAGCGCAGUGAUCUGUCAAGCCUUUCCACUAUACCACUGGCGAAGAAUUCUCCCAGUGUUCAAGGACUUAAUACUAUUCCUGCACCAAUCAAAUUCCCACCCAACCCCGUGUCCACUCUGAGGAGCAAUUCGAUAUCAAGCUCAUUCAUGAUCCCGCCGCUCGCAAGUCGUCCCCAAUCGCUUGCUGCAAAUUUUGGACAUCAAUUUCCACUGCAAUCCCUUUCGGGCCCAGCAGGAACACCAGGUGGACCCGGUCCCGUAUUGAGCAACUCCCCGCAAGUUUCGAACUCAACCUGGGGUCCUUUGAAAAGUCGUGCUAGCUCGAUUGGGUCCUUGCCUCCACCGUCUCAGAUGCUCAAUCUGUCGCGUCCUGGUUCAGCGAACUUACCUUUGCAAAUGGCAAAUAUAAAUCAUUCGCUGGAGCAACGACAUGAAUUUGCUUCGUCAGCUUCGCCAGUUCCGGACGAUUAUUUCAAACAGACGCGGAAAGAAGGUUAG